UUCUCCAACAACUUGCCUUCAAAGCGAAUCUCACAGCGACAAUCACGACAACAACAAGAAGAAUCAGAAUCAUUAUCAACAUCAACAUCAGCCACAGCCAAAGCCAACGAUACGGCCCAUAAUUCCUCUCAACCCAUAUACAAAAACCCUAAUCCCGAAUCUCUUCCCUCUUCCUCCAAUACCAACUCCCCCUUAAAUCCUAACUCGAACAGCGACAACCACAACGAAGAAGAAUCAGCAGCGGUGGCCGCAGAAGAAGAAGGUAGUGCAUAUCAGCGUUUAAACAAUGUCCCCGACAUCCAACAACCACAACAAGAACCCGCCGUCGUGGUCGAUUCUAACAGUGCCAGAUCAAACAAGAGGCAAAAACCGUCUCCUGACGGUGAGGAUCUGACGCCCAAGAAGCCCAAUUUCGAACGGAUUUGGAGCGAUGAGGACGAGAUUGGAAUCUUGGAGGGUAUGAUCGAGUACAUGAAGAUGGGCUCUAACCCGUCGUCCGACUGGUCCGCCUUCCAUGAAUUCAUCAAGCGAUCCCUCCACUGCUACUUCACCCGCAUCCAAGUCGGCGACAAGAUCCGACGGUUGAGAAGAAAGUACCUCAGAAAUGCCAAGAAAUCGAAGAACGGGGAUGGCCCGCAUCUCUUGGAUUCCCACGAAGAGAUAGUGUAUAGUCUUUCUAAGAAGAUAUGGGGCGGUAAGCCGUCCACUGGCGAAAGUGGUUUCCAGAGUAGUCAGGAGGCUAAGGAGGUGACGGUGGCCGUGGGGCCACCACGGCCACCGAAAGUCGUCGCUACAGCAGUCAAUUCAGCAGCGGUGGGAGUAGUGGAAAAUGGGGGCUUGUACCCUGAUUUAAAUGAGCUGUUGAAUUUCGGUAGGAAUUUGAAUGCGGCGGAUUGCUGCGAGAGUCUGUUGAAGGGAGGGUUGGAUUUGAUUGAAAAGUCGAAGGCAGAGGAGUUGAGUGAGAAGUGGAAGAAAUUGCUGAUGAUGAAAAUGGAGGUUCACCUCAAUCAGGUCGCAUUGUAUCAGGAGCUUGGAAUGUUAGCCAUGGAAGCAAUGAAAUCCUCAUCAUAGAAUUCAUUGAUCUUGAUGUGGUAAUGGAUUAUUUUUAAUGCAAAUUGUUGAUUUUUAUAGUUUUUUUAUUCUUUAUAGCAGAAUUGAAUUGGGGUUUUCUUGGUUAAUACAAAUGUGUAUUUUUUUUCCCUCUAUUUUUUUGGGAUUAAUUUUGUCAUAGAUCAUGCUUCAAAACCUUUUCUGUAUUCAGACAGAUAUAGUGUAGUUUUGUUUCUAUGUUGUUCUUCUAUUGGAGCUUCCGUGAUCAAUGAUCGGAAGCUUCUUGUUGAAUGUUAUGGUUUUUGUCACAUUUGCUUUGA